AUGGGGACCGAAAGCAAAGGUGGGCUCUUUCGUUAUGCUGAUAGGACGGACAAAUUGUUGCUGUUGUUUGGAAUUCUGGGCAGCAUGGGAGAUGGGAUGAUGUCUCCACUUUCCAUGUAUGUGCUUAGCGGUGUUAUCAACGAGCUUGGAUCCUCUGAUAUCUCUGCCUCCAAUGAGAUCGUGGACAAGUACACGCUCAGGCUGCUCUAUGUUGCAAUCUUAGUGGGAGUAUCUGCUUUCAUUGAAGGAGUCUGUUGGACAAGAACUGCAGAGAGACAGGCAUCUCGUAUGAGGGUGGAAUACCUGAAAUCAGUCCUCAGGCAAGAAGUCAGUUACUUUGACAACCAGACUGCUUCUUCCACUACCUUCCAAGUCGUCUCCAUCAUCUCCUCAGACGCUCAUACAAUCCAAGACACCAUUGCCGAGAAAAUACCUAAUACCCUAGCUCACCUCACAUCAUUCAUCUUUUGCCUCGGAGUUGCAUUUAUACUCUCUUGGCGACUGGCACUGGCCGCCUUACCAUUUUCACUCUUGUUUAUCGUUCCAGGAGUUGUGUUUGGGACGGUACUUAAGAAAUUAGGAGGGAAAGGCAAGGAUGCUUAUGACAUCGCUGGUGGGAUUGCAGAACAAGCAAUAUCAUCAAUUCGAACUGUCUAUUCAUAUGUUGGGGAGAAUCAAACACUAAACAGGUUUAGCCAUGCUCUGCAGGAAAGAAUGGAGCUUGGUAUAAAACAAGGCUUCACUAAAGGAUUGUUGAUGGGGAGCAUGGGAAUGAUUUAUGCAGCUUGGGCUUUCCAGUCUUGGGUCGGAAGCGUCCUUGUUACUGAGAGAGGAGAAAAAGGUGGUGCUGUUUUUAUUGCUGCGGUCUGUACGACAAUAGGAGGAGUGGCAAUUAUGGGUGCGCUGCCCAAUCUCUCUUUCAUCUCCCAGGCAACCAUUGCUGCCACGCGGAUUUUUGAGAUGAUUGAUCGAAUUCCAGAUAUAAAUUCUGAAGACGAAAAGGGGAAAAUUCGAGCAUAUGUGAGAGGAGAGAUAGAAUUUAAAGAGGUUGACUUCAGUUACCCAACAAGACCUAAUACCCCAAUUCUUAAAGGAUUCAAUCUAAAAGUGCAAGCAGGUAAGACUGUGGGUCUUGUUGGAGGCAGUGGUUCUGGCAAGUCCACAGUAAUAUCUUUGCUUGAGAGAUUCUAUGAUCCUGUCAACGGGAACAUUCUCCUUGAUGGACACCAAAUAAAGAGGCUUCAGCUUAAAUGGUUAAGAUCCCAUAUGGGACUGGUUAAUCAAGAGCCUAUUCUUUUUGCAACAUCAAUAAUGGAAAACAUUCUGUUUGGGAAGGAAGGAGCUUCAAUGGAAGAAGUUGUGAAGGCAGCUAAGGCUGCAAAUGCCCAUGACUUCAUUGUUAAGUUAACAGAUGGAUAUGAAACCAAGGUAGGGCAACUCGGAGUUCAGUUGUCAGGAGGUCAAAAACAAAGGAUUGCGAUUGCAAGGGCCUUAAUAAGAGAUCCAAAAAUUCUCUUACUUGAUGAAGCCACAAGUGCUCUGGAUGCACAGUCUGAGAAAAUAGUACAGGAAGCCUUGGACCAGGCUUCUCAAGGAAGGACAACAAUUAUUAUAGCUCACCGUCUCACCACAAUUCGUAAGGCUAAUUUGAUAACUGUACUUCAAUCAGGAAGAGUGAUCGAAUCUGGUUCUCAUGAUGAGCUGAUGCAAAUGAACAAUGGAGAAGGUGGGGCCUAUAGCAAAAUGGUGAAAUUGCAGGGAUCAGCAACGAGUAAUCAAACAGAAGGUAGAAACCAUAUUAGCUUGAUGAGAGCCCAGACUCCUCAGACACCACUCAGUGUGAGAUCAAGUUAUCAAAACAGCCCGGUCUAUCCAUUUAGCCCAGUAUUUUCAAUCGACAUGGCACACUCCUUCCAAAUGCAUGGCUAUGAAAACCAAAAUGAAAAAAACAUAAAGAAUAAUCCUGAUUCUCCUUCUACCAAACUGCGUUUGCUGCAAAUGAGUGUAACUGAAUGGAAAAGAACUGUACUUGGGUGUGUAGGUGCUGCUGGUUCUGGAGCAAUUAAUCCAGUAUAUGCUUACUGCUUAGGAUCAGUUGUCUCGGUUUACUUUCUUAAAGACAAUUCCAGGAUCAAAUCAGAAACCAGAAUGUAUUGCUUCAUCUUCUUAGGACUAACAGUUUUAAAUUUCAUCUCUCAUCUCCUUCAACAUUACAAUUUUGCGAUCAUGGGAGAGCAUUUAGUCAAAAAAGUGCGAGAGAAAAUGCUUGGAAAAAUACUCACCUUUGAAAUUGGGUGGUUUGAUCAGGACGAGAACACAAGCGCAGCAAUUUGUGCACGACUAGCUAAUGAAGCUAACAUGGUUCAAUCCUUCAUUGCAGAUCGGAUGUCAUUACUGAUUCAGGUCUUCUUCAGUGCUUCGCUGGCUUUUACACUGGGAUUGCUGGUUACAUGGAGGAUAGCCAUUAUUAUGAUUGCCAUUCAGCCUUUAGUCAUCGGGAGCUUUUACUCUAAAAGUGUUCUGAUGAAAAGUAUGUCAGAAAAAGCUCGGAAAGCACAAAAUGAGGGAAGCCAACUAGCAAGUGAAGCUACCAUUAACCACAGGACUAUUACAGCCUUUUCCUCUCAGAACAGGAUAUUGGGUCUUUUCAUAGAAACAAUGAAAGGCCCAAAGAAGGAGAGCAUCAAACAAUCAUGGUUUUCAGGAAUUGGCUUGUUCACCUCCCAAUUUCUCACAACAGCUUCUAUAGCAUUGGUUUACUGGUAUGGAGGAAGGAUAAUGAAUCAAGGAUUGGUCACACCAACACACCUUUUUCAAGCAUUCUUCAUCCUGAUGAGCACCGGCAAGAACAUUGCAGAUGCAGGGAGCAUGACUUCUGAUUUAGCAAAAGGAGGCAAUGCCAUCAAAACAAUUUUUACAAUUCUAGACAGGAGAAGUGAGAUAGAACCUGAAGAGCCUAGAGGUAAGGAAGCUAUAAAGGCUACAUCCGGACACAUAGAACUAAAGAAUAUAUUCUUCUGUUAUCCAUCAAGACCUGACCAAAUGAUCUUCAGGGGCCUAAGUUUGAAAAUUGGAGGAGGAAAAACAGUGGCACUUGUCGGACAAAGUGGGUCGGGAAAAUCUACUAUUAUUGGGUUAAUUGAAAGACUUUUCCAAUUUCAUAGCCGUUGGCUCGUUAGAGAAACGGUGCUUAGACCUAGAGAAAACCAAAGAUACCUAAACCCUAGCUCACCUCACAUCAUUCAUCUUUUGCCUCGGAGUUGCAUUUAUACUCUCUGGCGACUGGCACUGGCCGCCUUACCAUUUUCACUCUUGUUCGUUUCAGGAGUUGUGUUUGGGACGGUACUUAAGAAAUUAGGAGGGAAAGGCAAGGAUGCUUAUGACAUCGCUGGUGGGAUUGCAGAAACAAGCGUAUCAUCAAUUCGAACUGUUCUAUGUUGGGGAGAAUCAAACACUAGACAGAUUUUGAACCUGGGAGUGGGGAAUGCUGCUAACCCUACAAUCUUGAUAGACAGUACAACUAAAAGGUUGCUGGGAAAUGGUGAACCACAAGAAGGUAACUCACAGAAGUGGAGGGGUGGAAGAUCAUUAUUACUUGAAGAUAGUAGGGAUAUGGGGACCGAAAGCAAAGGUGGGCUCUUUCGUUAUGCUGAUAGGACGGACAAAUUGUUGCUGUUGUUUGGAAUUCUGGGCAGCAUGGGAGAUGGGAUGAUGUCUCCACUUUCCAUGUAUGUGCUUAGCGGUGUUAUCAACGAGCUUGGAUCCUCUGAUAUCUCUGCCUCCAAUGAGAUCGUGGACAAGUACACGCUCAGGCUGCUCUAUGUUGCAAUCUUAGUGGGAGUAUCUGCUUUCAUUGAAGGAGUCUGUUGGACAAGAACUGCAGAGAGACAGGCAUCUCGUAUGAGGGUGGAAUACCUGAAAUCAGUCCUCAGGCAAGAAGUCAGUUACUUUGACAACCAGACUGCUUCUUCCACUACCUUCCAAGUCGUCUCCAUCAUCUCCUCAGACGCUCAUACAAUCCAAGACACCAUUGCCGAGAAAAUACCUAAUACCCUAGCUCACCUCACAUCAUUCAUCUUUUGCCUCGGAGUUGCAUUUAUACUCUCUUGGCGACUGGCACUGGCCGCCUUACCAUUUUCACUCUUGUUUAUCGUUCCAGGAGUUGUGUUUGGGACGGUACUUAAGAAAUUAGGAGGGAAAGGCAAGGAUGCUUAUGACAUCGCUGGUGGGAUUGCAGAACAAGCAAUAUCAUCAAUUCGAACUGUCUAUUCAUAUGUUGGGGAGAAUCAAACACUAAACAGGUUUAGCCAUGCUCUGCAGGAAAGAAUGGAGCUUGGUAUAAAACAAGGCUUCACUAAAGGAUUGUUGAUGGGGAGCAUGGGAAUGAUUUAUGCAGCUUGGGCUUUCCAGUCUUGGGUCGGAAGCGUCCUUGUUACUGAGAGAGGAGAAAAAGGUGGUGCUGUUUUUAUUGCUGCGGUCUGUACGACAAUAGGAGGAGUGGCAAUUAUGGGUGCGCUGCCCAAUCUCUCUUUCAUCUCCCAGGCAACCAUUGCUGCCACGCGGAUUUUUGAGAUGAUUGAUCGAAUUCCAGAUAUAAAUUCUGAAGACGAAAAGGGGAAAAUUCGAGCAUAUGUGAGAGGAGAGAUAGAAUUUAAAGAGGUUGACUUCAGUUACCCAACAAGACCUAAUACCCCAAUUCUUAAAGGAUUCAAUCUAAAAGUGCAAGCAGGUAAGACUGUGGGUCUUGUUGGAGGCAGUGGUUCUGGCAAGUCCACAGUAAUAUCUUUGCUUGAGAGAUUCUAUGAUCCUGUCAACGGGAACAUUCUCCUUGAUGGACACCAAAUAAAGAGGCUUCAGCUUAAAUGGUUAAGAUCCCAUAUGGGACUGGUUAAUCAAGAGCCUAUUCUUUUUGCAACAUCAAUAAUGGAAAACAUUCUGUUUGGGAAGGAAGGAGCUUCAAUGGAAGAAGUUGUGAAGGCAGCUAAGGCUGCAAAUGCCCAUGACUUCAUUGUUAAGUUAACAGAUGGAUAUGAAACCAAGGUAGGGCAACUCGGAGUUCAGUUGUCAGGAGGUCAAAAACAAAGGAUUGCGAUUGCAAGGGCCUUAAUAAGAGAUCCAAAAAUUCUCUUACUUGAUGAAGCCACAAGUGCUCUGGAUGCACAGUCUGAGAAAAUAGUACAGGAAGCCUUGGACCAGGCUUCUCAAGGAAGGACAACAAUUAUUAUAGCUCACCGUCUCACCACAAUUCGUAAGGCUAAUUUGAUAACUGUACUUCAAUCAGGAAGAGUGAUCGAAUCUGGUUCUCAUGAUGAGCUGAUGCAAAUGAACAAUGGAGAAGGUGGGGCCUAUAGCAAAAUGGUGAAAUUGCAGGGAUCAGCAACGAGUAAUCAAACAGAAGGUAGAAACCAUAUUAGCUUGAUGAGAGCCCAGACUCCUCAGACACCACUCAGUGUGAGAUCAAGUUAUCAAAACAGCCCGGUCUAUCCAUUUAGCCCAGUAUUUUCAAUCGACAUGGCACACUCCUUCCAAAUGCAUGGCUAUGAAAACCAAAAUGAAAAAAACAUAAAGAAUAAUCCUGAUUCUCCUUCUACCAAACUGCGUUUGCUGCAAAUGAGUGUAACUGAAUGGAAAAGAACUGUACUUGGGUGUGUAGGUGCUGCUGGUUCUGGAGCAAUUAAUCCAGUAUAUGCUUACUGCUUAGGAUCAGUUGUCUCGGUUUACUUUCUUAAAGACAAUUCCAGGAUCAAAUCAGAAACCAGAAUGUAUUGCUUCAUCUUCUUAGGACUAACAGUUUUAAAUUUCAUCUCUCAUCUCCUUCAACAUUACAAUUUUGCGAUCAUGGGAGAGCAUUUAGUCAAAAAAGUGCGAGAGAAAAUGCUUGGAAAAAUACUCACCUUUGAAAUUGGGUGGUUUGAUCAGGACGAGAACACAAGCGCAGCAAUUUGUGCACGACUAGCUAAUGAAGCUAACAUGGUUCAAUCCUUCAUUGCAGAUCGGAUGUCAUUACUGAUUCAGGUCUUCUUCAGUGCUUCGCUGGCUUUUACACUGGGAUUGCUGGUUACAUGGAGGAUAGCCAUUAUUAUGAUUGCCAUUCAGCCUUUAGUCAUCGGGAGCUUUUACUCUAAAAGUGUUCUGAUGAAAAGUAUGUCAGAAAAAGCUCGGAAAGCACAAAAUGAGGGAAGCCAACUAGCAAGUGAAGCUACCAUUAACCACAGGACUAUUACAGCCUUUUCCUCUCAGAACAGGAUAUUGGGUCUUUUCAUAGAAACAAUGAAAGGCCCAAAGAAGGAGAGCAUCAAACAAUCAUGGUUUUCAGGAAUUGGCUUGUUCACCUCCCAAUUUCUCACAACAGCUUCUAUAGCAUUGGUUUACUGGUAUGGAGGGAGGAUAAUGAAUCAAGGAUUGGUCACACCAACACACCUUUUUCAAGCAUUCUUCAUCCUGAUGAGCACCGGCAAGAACAUUGCAGAUGCAGGGAGCAUGACUUCUGAUUUAGCAAAAGGAGGCAAUGCCAUCAAAACAAUUUUUACAAUUCUAGACAGGAGAAGUGAGAUAGAACCUGAAGAGCCUAGAGGUAAGGAAGCUAUAAAGGUUACAUCCGGACACAUAGAACUAAAUAAUAUAUUCUUCUGUUAUCCAUCAAGACCUGACCAAAUGAUCUUCAGGGGCCUAAGUUUGAAAAUUGGAGGAGGAAAAACAGUGGCACUUGUCGGACAAAGUGGGUCGGGAAAAUCUACUAUUAUUGGGUUAAUUGAAAGAUUUUACGACCCGCAAAGUGGAGUAGUUUUGAUAGAUGAAUGUGACAUCAAGAACUACAACUUGAGAAGUUUGAGGUUACGUAUUGCGUUAGUAAGUCAGGAGCCGACACUUUUUGCAGGAACUAUCCGCGAGAAUAUUACUUACGGUAAAGAGGAUGCUACAGAAGCUGAAAUAAGGAAGGCUGCAACUCUAGCCAAUGCUCACGAAUUUAUAAGUUCCAUGAAAGAUGGUUAUGAAACGUACUGUGGAGAAAGAGGAGUUCAGCUGUCUGGAGGGCAGAAGCAGAGGAUUGCCCUUGCUCGAGCAGUAUUGAAGGAUCCGAUGAUUUUACUUUUGGAUGAGGCGACGAGUGCACUUGACAAUGUGUCAGAGAAUCUUGUCCAGGAAGCAUUGGAGAAGAUGAUGGUUGGGAGAACAUGUGUAAUUGUAGCUCACAGAUUGUCCACAAUACAGAAGGCAGACACCAUAGCUGUGAUAAAGAAUGGGAAGGUUGUGGAACAAGGGUCGCACUCCAAUCUACUAGCCACAGGGACUGGAGCCUACUACUCUCUAAUUAAGCUACAAGGUAGUAACUCUCCUUACAGGUGA